CUGGUAUCCUCUCUAAUUCUGCAAACACAUCAGGAAACAGUGAAGAAAGGAACAAUACUGCAAAGAAAAGAGAUGUUUUCAGGCCUUCUGUGUUUGAUAGAAUAGCAGGCCACCGUGACCAAUGUUGUGAUGAUGACACCAAACCGAAUUCAGAUUCCCAUCGAAUUCGGUGGAGGGAAACGGAAAAGGAACAUAGUGAUAUGAACAAGAUGGGACGGCCCUAUGAUGACUCCAAGCAGUAUCUUGAUAGCCACCCGAGUCCACAAGAGCGCUGGGGAAGCGCACAUAGUAAGGAGGGAAACUAUGACCGAUGCCGUGAUAAUAAGUGGAAUGCUCGCAGGGGUCCCAGUAAUAAAGAUUCUGAAAAUUGGCGUGACAGGUCAUAUUCAGAUAGAAAAGAUGACACUCCCCGUGAAAAAGUUUUCUCUCACGAUACAGGUCAUGGGAAAGAUGUUUGUGAUCCUGAGCAGGGGAAUGAAAGGGACAGUAAUAUUUCUCGAUCAUGGAACUCCAGCAAUUUUGUGAGCCGUGGCACGGGUGGUACAUCUGAUCAUCUUUCCCUGGCUCCACAGAAGCCAUACAGUAGUAAUAUUUCUCGGUCAUGGAACUCCAGCAAUUUUGUGAGCCGUGGCACGGGUGGUACAUCUGAUCAUCUUUCCCUGGCUCCGCAGAAGCCAUCUGCUUCAUUUGGAUACAGUAGGGAGAGGCAGGAAAGUGAUAGCCCAAACUCUACAAGUUUUCACAGAAGGUUUACAUCUGUUACGAGCAGAGUCAAUAGUCAAUCUUCACGCCCAUUCCACCUUGGCGUACUUUCUGCCAGGCCUGGUGGUGCAUCUAGAGACUCUCUGCGAUAUAGCAGGAUGAAAUUGCUUGAAAUUUACAGAACAACUGAUGUUAGAAACUUUGUAAUGCCAUUAGAUGAUACUGAGGAUAUCUCACUGUGGCAAGAAGAUCCUAUGGAGCCUUUAGCCCUCAUCGCACCUAAUGCUGAAGAAGCGGUGAUUUUGAAAGGAAUUGAAAGAGGAGAUGUCACAAACAGUUGUGCACAAGCUUGCAAAGAUGGUUCUGUUGGAAAAAGUAAUCCAGAUGUGGUGCCAUUAGAACAAUCAAACCUAACUGGAAAAGAAGAUCAAUCAGGAAGCAGUGAAGAUUUCAAGGGCAAAAUAACCAGAAGUAUCAGAGGAAUUCCUGGGGGUGCUGAUUUAAGCGAGCGCUUAAAGUCUGAUAAAUCUCCUUAUACUGCUCCACAAGAAUCUGAGUCUAUUGGUGGUCAUAUCCAUGGGCCAUCUAUUGAAUUUGGACAGCAAUACAAUGACUUGGACCCAGGAACUAAAGUUGGUGUAGAUGACAUUGUCAGUCCAGAAAACCUUUCUUUAUACUACAAAGAUCCAAAGGGGCGAACCCAGGGCCCUUUUUCUGGAUCUGACAUCAUUGGUUGGUUCGAGGCUGGUUUUUAUGGUAUUGAUUUGCUGGUCCGUGUUGCAAGUGCUCCUUGUGAUUCUCCUUUCUUAUUACUUGGGGAUGUCAUGCCACACUUACGAGCAAAGGUAAGGGUGCCUCCAGGCUUCAGCAAUGCCAAACCAAGAAGUAUGCCACAUCUAGGAUCAGCUUAUCUUGAGAUAUCUGAUUACGGGUCCAUAAACAAGAAUGGUAGUGUAACUGAAGCUGAAAAUCACUUUCUGGAGUCUCCAAUGUCUAGUAACACCCAGAAUCCCAGAGCAGAAACUAGCCCUGUCACUAGAGGCAUGAAUGAACGGAGCAGUAUAUUUGGCAACCUUUUUGUUUCUGGCAGUGAUGGUGUGAAUAGCGUAAACUAUCUUGCAGAACAGAAGAGGCUGUUAGAGAGGGAGAAUUCCUUUCAAAUAGAAGGUGAUAUCAUAUCAGUUGCACAGAAACAAAAGAAAGAUUCAACUCAGUCAACUACGCACUCAAUAUUGUUCCAUCAAAUGAUUGACCCAUCAAGUGAAGCUCUCCAACCUCAGAAUGUUAACCUGCUCUCGGUGCUGCUUCCUGCAGGAAAACAUCAAGCACCUGCUACUAAUUCUGGAUUGCCACUUUGGUCAGAUACUCCUGAGUCUGGGAAUCUGCAUCCUGGUGUGUGCGGUAUAGAUCCUGUUCAAGAGGUACAUAUGCACCAAAAUCUGCACAAUUCUCAGCAAAUAGGUAUUGAUCCUCAACAGCAUUACUCUGCAUCCCAGAAUCAACCAACUUUGGCUUGUUUGAACUCACAAAUCAUGCAGCCAGAAAAUUUUCUCAGUGAAAUAUCUCAGUAUCCUCAGUUAAACAUAUCGCAACAACAGUAUCUGCCAUCAGAACUACAGUUGCAGCCACUGAUGCCUGGAAUCCCUCAACCUCAAUCCUCUCUACUGAACAACAUCCUACAACUCAGGCAGCAGGAGCAUCAACAACAGCAACAACACAUUUCUCAGGUCCCACCUCAUGAUUGUUCCUCGCAGCAGCUUUAUGAUCCUUAUGGGACAAAUCAUAUUUCAUUGUCAUCUGGUGAUUGUUUGAAGCUUUGUCUUCAAAGAACACAAGAGAUACUUGAACUUGCUCAGAAGUUACCUUGUCAUGGUAUGCAUGAGAUACAACUGCCUGGUCAGGUUAUUGGUUUCUCGGAAAGUUGGGCUCCUGCUUUAUGGUUGCCCCAUGAGAUGAUGGGCCAUGCACCUCGGAAAGAAUGUUCUGCUAGUUUCACGCGGUACUUUGCAGUUAUUGAUGCUCCUUCAGGAAAAGAGAGUACUGUAGACUCACUAUCUAAGAAAACUCUGAACUCUGGAUCUAUUGAGGGCAGCAAGGUGACUGUUUAUGAAGAGAAAGGUUUUCCUCGAUCGUAUCAAGAUCUUGCAAAAUCGGAAAAUGUAUCAUCUCAUAUCUCCAAUCAAGUUCAUGAUGUGGAAAUUUCCUCUACCCAUCCUCAGUCAUGGAAACCUCCUCCAGGUGUUAGAACCAAAUCACUGUUGGAAAUUCAAGCAGAGGAACAAUUGAAAGCACAGAGGGAAAUGGCCAAGGAAAAUGCUAAAGUAACUACAACAGCGCCUUCGGUGUUAUCUAUUCCUUGGGCUAGCUUGGCUGAAACUUCUGAGCAACAGUUUGGAGAUGAGACUAAAUCUAUGGGUCAUCGAGAAAAUGUCAAUAUAUCACGGACUAAGAGAAGUCAGUUGCAUGAUUUAUUGGCGGAAGAGGUACUGGUAAAGUCGAAUGAUAAAGAUGCUGUCAUCAUAGACAGUGCUGAUGAUACAUCUUUUCCUCCUUUGGCACCUUAUGUUACUCAGUGUGAUGCUCAUUAUCUUGAUGAUGGUGAUUUCAUUGAGGUCAAGGACACAAGAAAGAACAGGAACAAGGCAGAGAAAUCCAAAGGUUCUGCAGUUAAAGCCCCAGCACCACUUGGUUCGUUUAAUCCAUCUGUGGUAUCUGUGCCUAUUGAAAAGGGAAAGUCUGUCAAGCAGGCCCAGCAAGAAAAGGACGAACUUCCUCCUCAGCCAAGUGCUCCAUCUCUGGGAGAUUUUGUUCCUUGGAAGAACGAUGAAGCAAAUGCUGCACCUGGCCCAGCAUGGUUUACUGACACUCUACAGGUGUGCGAACCAUUGUCUCUGAGAGAUAUUCAGAUGGAAGAACGGGAAUCAGGUAGUCUGCAACAAGUAGUACCAGCAUCAUCCCAUGCAAAAGAGCCUAUGAACCAGCAAAGUCAUGGGAAUGAUUCAUCCUUGCAAGGUUCUGGAUCACCUCCAUUGGGGGUUACCAAAACCCUCCAAAUGACUUCCCAUGUUUCCAGUCACUCCUAUACUAAUUCUGAUGAGGAUCUAUUUUGGGGGUCUCGUGAGCAUGCAAAGCAAGAUAAGUCGGAAUUCCAAUCUACAAGUGAGAGUGGAGGUUCCGUGUUCAAUAUGGCAUCUGCUGCAUUGGACAUUCAGAAGAAAGGGAAGAAAGGUACAAGGCUGAGCUCGUCUCUUUUGGGGUUCAAGGUUCACAGCAAUCGGAUCAUGAUGGGCGAGAUCAUGCAUGCGGAAGAUUAGACGGCGCCGAGCAGACUGGUAUAUAGUUGGCAUGUCGAGCCACGACGGCCACCAAUUCGUUUACUGAUGCACAUACACUUCACGUCACCUUUUUAGAACGAUCUUUUUUCAUAGGAGUGGAGCUUUCUACAGAUGGUUAUUAGUAGAGUGGAUCGUUCACUGUCACGGUUUCACGGCUGAAGCGAUGAGAUUUGGAAUUGAGGGACCGACAACAGAUUUGGUCUUCAAUGGCUGUAACUUAAAAUUCGUGUAAUAUCUUUGUUGCUGGGCGGAUUUUGUGAGACAGGCACUGCAAAACUAGAGCCUGGAGCUUCCAGAGUCACAGGUUUCACUUGCAGCAUGGAAUACUGCAAUGCCGAGUUUGAUCAUUCUGGAAACAGUUUUUUUUUUGUUAACUAUUCCUGAAAUUUGAAGUUCCUGGUGGGACUGUAUUUUUUGAAACAUAAAAGGGCAGAGCACUGCCCUAUCAUAUAAG